AGCUGCCCGCAAUUGAGCCGAGUGGUAGAUACCUACUGUACACGAACACGGUCCAGGCGGCGGGCGGCCGACUUGCAUCACCAACCACGACCAACCUCCAGCACAGCACAGAUCCCAGCCAAACAUCACAAACCUCGCCAGCUCGGCUCAGCCAGACGACAAGCAGCGAACUGCCACACACCCACCACAUAGGCGCAGGCGACCACCACCGCCACCAUGAGCGCCGACGAGACGGCCGAGUUCCUCUCCACCAUGAGGGAGAGGGCGCCCGAGGACCUGCAGGGUCUGAUCCUGCAGUUUGAGGACUACUGGGAGAGGAAGCUGUGGCACCAGCUGACCGACGCCAUGAUCGAGUUCUUCAACACGCCCUCAAGCGCCCCCGCCCGCCUCGUCUUCUACAAGACGUUUGUGCUCAAGUUCGCCGACAAAAUCAACCAGCUUAAGCUUGUCGACCUGGCCCUCAAGGCCGCCUCGCAGAUCAAAGCGCCCAAGGAGCGCCUGGCCUUCCUCGAGACGGCCGCCGCAAAGGUCGACCACGAGGACUCGCAGGACGCCUUCGUCUUCGCCACCAUCGCCGUGGCCCGCGUCAAGCUCGACCUCAAGGACGCCGACGGCGCCCGCACCGACUUGGACCGCGCCGAGAGGAUACUGGACCGCUUCGAUAGCGUCGAAGCGGUUGUGCACGCCGCCUUCUACGGCGCCCAGGCCGACUACUACCAGGCCACGGCCGAUUUUGCCCAGUACUACCGCAACGCCCUGCUGUACCUGGCCUGCAUCGACGUGGCCGCCCUGACCCCCGCCGAGCGCCGGUCGCGCGCCUACGACCUAGCCGUCGCCGCCCUCGUCUCCACCUCCAUUUACAACUUUGGAGAGCUGCUGCUGCACCCCAUCCUAGACGCCCUUGCCCUCCCCGCGUCCGACGACGGCGCUGGCCCGGACGCGUGGCUGCGCGACCUGCUCUUCGCCUUCAACCGUGGCGACCUGGCCGCCUAUGACGUGCUGUCGGGCCACAUUGGCGGCAACCCGCUGCUGUCCAAGCACCGCGCCCAGCUGCGCCAGAAGAUCUACCUGGCCGCCCUGACCGAGGCCGUGUUCCGCCGCCCCCCUCACGACCGCCACAUGACCUUUGAUGCCAUCGCCCAGGAGACGCGCGUGCAGCCUGACGAGAUCGAGCACCUGGUUAUGAAGGCCCUUAGUUUGGGCCUGCUGCGCGGCUCCAUCGACCAGGUCGACGCCAUCGCCCAUAUCGACUGGGUCCAGCCAAAGGUGCUGGAUAUGAAGCAGAUCGACAAUAUGCGCCUGCGCCUUAAGGACUGGGACUCGAGCGUCAACCAGCUCGGCCACUGGAUCGAGGCCGUGGGGCAGGACGUGUGGGCCGCGUGAGGGGGGGAGGGAGAGGGAUGGAUGCCAUGGAUGGCUCUCGCACCAUGUAUCAUAGCUACCUGCCUUUUAGACGUGAUGGAAUCCCACCAAAACGCAGGUAAUAUCAGGGUGUUCAUCAUGCCGAUUUUAUCCGCGAAAAGCGGAUAUAUUGCGCGUGGUUCCAACGGGUGCGAGUAUUGGUGUAUCCCGCCAGGUGCCGUCAACGUGCCGACCUUUUAAACGGACAAUUAACUUGUGCCUUGGCAAUUUUAAGGGUACGGGUUUAGCCUUCAUUUUGCCAGCGCUGCUUGUACAGCGCUGCUUGUACAUCCAUUUCUAUUCCUGGUACGUUAACGGGCAUUUGGAUACAUCACAGUCAGCCCUUUGUAUAUUAUAGAACACGCCCAUUUGGUUGGCGUUUCUAGUCCCACACACAACGUCCUGGCCCAAAUACUAUUUAUUCUCCUUAAGCCCAGGUCCUCCCCUCAGCACCACACACGAGGCCAGCCAGGCGGGCCACCAGACGCACCACACGACGAGCGGCGUAUAUGUGCCCCAGACGUUCCAGGCAAAG